AUUUCCUCACAAAUAGAGAAAAAUGCGUUUGGUAAUUUGUAAUGAUAUUAGCAAUGUUGCUGAAUGGUCAGCAAAAUAUGUUGUGAAACGAAUAAAAGACUUUAGGCCAGAUAAUAAUAAAUAUUUUGUCCUUGGAUUACCAACUGGUGGAACACCUCUUGGAAUGUAUAAGAAGCUUAUAGAAUAUUAUAAGGCUGGAAAAAUAUCAUUCAAAUAUGUGAAAACUUUUAAUAUGGAUGAAUACGUUAAUUUACCAAGAGAACAUAAAGAAUCUUAUCACUAUUAUAUGUAUCAUAAUUUUUUCAAGCACAUAGAUAUCGAUCCUGAAAAUGUUCAUAUUCUUGAUGGUAAUGCACCUGAUUUGACAUAUGAAUGCAAUGAGUUUGAAAGAAAAAUAAAAGAAGCCGGUGGAGUUGAAUUAUUUAUUGGAGGAAUUGGUCCUGAUGGUCACAUAGCAUUUAACGAACCAGGAUCAUCAUUAACAUCAAGAACUAGAGUAAAAACUUUGGCACAAGAUACAUUAGAAGCAAAUGCUAGAUUUUUUGGUAACGAUAUCAAUAAAGUACCAAAACAAGCUUUAACUGUUGGAGUUGGUACUGUAAUGGAUGCUGUAGAGGUCAUGAUUUUAAUUACUGGAUCUCAUAAAGCUUUUGCUCUUUACAAGGCAAUAGAAGAAGGAAUUAAUCAUAUGUGGACUGUAUCAGCAUUUCAACAACAUCCUCGUACAAUAAUUAUUUGUGAUGAGGAUGCUACAUUAGAACUACGUGUUAAAACUGUAAAAUAUUUUAAGGCUCUCAGUGCUGUCCAUUAUAAGUUGAUUGAAGAGGAGGAAGAAUCUCAUCAACGUUAUGCUCAGAAAAUCGCGUGAUUUGAGUUUGUCAGAAAUUCAUGCCAAAUUUGUGAAUGAGAUAACAGAUUACUGUAAUUAGGAUAUUAUAUCACAGGUAUUCAUUCAAAACAAAAAUUGGAAGACAUGUAACAAAAAUGUUAAUGAUUAAUUUUUAUAAAAUGAUAUUG